AUGGCUGAAUCGGAUCUUCGUACGGAUAAGGCUGUGAUCAGACCCAGUGCAGAAUGUAGAACACGACCAGUUCGCUCUCAUCAGCUGUGCAUGCUGGUGAGUAACACUGUUGGUACCGAAUUUCUUUUGGGUAAGCUGGUAGUUGCCCAGAACCAAGGAACGUUCGCAACUUCACCAUCGAGGAAAUCUGAGCAGGAUGUCAAGACCCUCAACAAGCGUAGACUAACGGCUGAGUCGCUCUACGAUCUUUAUUCAAUGCCGUGUCCUUUUAGCAACAGAGACUUUACGGAAUUGGCCUCUAACUCCCAACAGACUAUUAAUAAACGAGAACUAUCAGCAGAAUCGCAGCAUGAUAUUCGUAGGAUUCUAUCACCUUUUGAAUACAAGAAGGAAAACAUAGAACAGGUUGAUUAUCAUUCUCCACGACCGUCUAUGGUAGAUCCUGGACCACCAUAUCUUUUGACCGAGUGUGAUUACGACUAUACGUCAUACAGUCAACCGAUGAUGCCAGCGCCUUAUUAUGCACCAGCUCUUUCCAUGCCACCUCCUCAUGUGAAUCCGUAUUACUACUACCGGCCGCCAACUGCUUUGUACCACUAUCAAGUGCCUAUUCCGAUGUACAAUUUGGGCAUUCCAUACCACCUCAACAGUCCUAUGAAGGCACCGUCAUCAUCAUCGUCUGAGUUUAGUAAAGUGGAUACUGAAACGGACAAUAUGAGAAUCCCGAAUCAAUUUUGUCCUAAUCCACAACAAGUUCCUCUGCGACGACCAACCACUCCGAACAACAAGACGAUCAACAAGCACAUACGUGGGGUCGAUUCUGUGGCUGAUUUGAACAGAUUGGAUGUGCAUUUCGAACCAAGGAUACCGCUCAGUUAUGCCGGAUCUCAGGAGGGCAACAGCGAUUGCUUUGUACGGCCUGUCACACUUGAUGUCAUUUCUUUCCAUUUUUCCGAAGUGGCGUGUGUUGUACGAAAUGGUAAUAGUAACGCCGUGAAUAAACGAUAUGCCGGUUAA